UUAAAUAAAACAAGUAGUAGAUGCAUUUUAAAUAGUGUAAGGCAGUACUUCCAUAUCUUCAGUAGUUGCCCCUUGCUUAUUAAAACGAAAUGUCUUUAGAACAGAACACAUUUGUUGUACAUGGCCCUAAACCUGCAGUGCCUUUGUCGGAUAAUACCGUGGGAGAAGAGAUAUUUGCAAAAUUACUAAAAAACGCUAUAGCAAACGAUGAUGCCAUGAUUGAUGUGUUCACUGGAAGGACAGUUUCUUAUAAAUCGCUACUACAGUCAUCCUGCGAAUUAGCCGAAGCUCUGCGAUCUUAUGGCUACACAACGGAUACGGUUAUGUCAAUAUGUAGUGAAAAUAAUUUGGAAUUUUACAUUCCUGUUCUAGGAGCUCUUUUCGUUGGUUGCAUAAUGCUCCCUGUCAAUCAUAACUACACCGAGCACGAGAUGAAACAUAUCUUAAAUAUUGGCAAACCUAAAGUAAUUUUCUGUUCCAAAAGCGUUUCAUUUAAAUUUCUUCAUUUAAAAAGGUUGUUGGGUUUUUUGGAAGACAUAGUUAUAAUUGAUUCCAAUGAAUCAGUUCUAGGAACAGAAAGUUUGGAGCUAUUCGUGAAAAGAUCCUUGAGGGAGACAAACGUACUUCCCCACACAUUUCAGCCUGUAACUGGUGAUGCAGCAAAACUGGGUGCUUUUGUAUUAUGUUCUUCUGGUACUACUGGGUUGCCUAAAGGCGUGUUAAUCUCACAUAGGAGUAUAUUGGCUAGGUUACUACAAUCAAGAGAUCCUAAAUAUUCCCUUUCGUCAAAAAACAUUCUUGGCUUAAUGCCUUUUUUUCAUACAUAUGGAUUAAAUGUUGGUCUCGAUGCCAUAACUAACGGUCACAAAUUAGUGGUGUUAAAAAAAUUUGAUGAGGAUGUCUUCUUAAAAUCUAUCCAAGACUAUGAAAUUUCAAUGUUGCCUCUGGUGCCCCCCUUAGCUAUUUUUAUAGAAAAAAGUCCGAAAAUAUUAAAUUAUGACCUAUCUUGUGUUGAGGAAGUUGCUUGUGGGGCCGCACCGUUGAGUAAGAACACAGAAUUGGCUUUAAGAAAGAGAUUCAAAAACUUAAAAUCAUUCCGCCAAAUCUAUGGACUAACAGAGGCAACAUUCGCGGUUACAAUAGCUGAUAAGGAGAACCAAAUACCAGGAUCAUGUGGUAAGGUUGGGACGUUUAUGAUAUGCAAAGUGAGAGAUCCAGAAACUGGAAAGAGCCUGGGGCCCAAUCAAACAGGCGAACUGUGCUGCAAAGGGCCGCUGAUCAUGAUGGGAUAUUAUAAUGACGAAAAAGCAACGAGAGAGGCUUUCACUUCUGAUGGUUGGUUAAAAACUGGCGAUUUAGGAUACUACGAUGAAGAAGGAAAUUUUUAUAUAGUAGACAGACUUAAAGAAUUAAUUAAAUAUAAAGGAUAUCAGGUAGCUCCAGCUGAAUUGGAAGCACUUUUACUAAAUCAUCCAAAGGUUCGAGACGUAGGAGUAGUCGGACUUCCAGAUGAACUAGGAGGAGAACUACCAUUGGCUUUCGUAGUAAAGAACGAAGGACAAAACGUCACAGAAAGUGAAUUGCAGGAAUAUAUUAGCGAUAUGGUUUCACCUCAAAAAAGGCUGAGAGGGGGAGUAAUUUUUGUUUCAGAAAUUCCAAAAAAUCCCAGUGGAAAAAUAUUAAGAAGGGUAUUGAAGGAAAGAUUGAAAAACUGCCAAAGAUCGUCAAAAUUGUAGUACCUACCUACUUACUUAAACAAUAUGUGUAUGAGUAGAUUUGUUUAUACUGCGGUAGAUAUUUCAUGUUGUAGAUAGCUAUCAAUCUAUAUACAUAGCCAUAGAAAGAUAAUUUACUAUUUAAUAAUACAAAAUGAUGCAUGGCAGAAAGAAAUGUUUGCUAAUUAAGAUAUAGGUAAAUUAAAUGAUUUUGUUACAAGCCAUUUUUUCUCAGCGUAACCCCUAUAAUAAGCAUAGGUAUGCUUCACAGAGCUGCUAAAAUCAUGUUGCAGAGACUUGACUGAGAUCUCAUACAUUUUUUCUCUACGUUUGCUCAAAAUUUGUUAGAUGCACAAAGGAAAAUGAAAUUUCAGCGCUUUAAAGAAAAGGGCAAUAUUUAUGUAAAAUUAUAUUAAUAUUAACAUACUAAUUAAACUGCAUUAAAUGACAAUAAGAUAUCAAUUAAAUCACAAGAUCUUUCGUUAACUUCAGUAGGAACAUAAGAUGAAGUUGAAAAUUGAUUUUUCAUUAUUAUAUCUUUUUGUUUCUCAUUUGGAUAAUUUUUGGAUAAAAGCUAAUAAGCGUUAUUUGAAAUUAUUCUGUCUAUCUCUUUUAAAUUCCCAAAUGCCUUAGAUACCUGAAAACAACAACUGGUUGAUUGUACAUCGAAUAAAUUCAUAAUAGAGUUUACAAAAAAAUUCACUUCGGGUGCUCAGAUUACUACCUUUAGCCUUAUUAUAUCAAUUGCCAUUUAACACAGGAAAUACCACCUUCAGCCGUCUCUCGUGUUGUUUGUUCAAAUUAAUAACUAUCUCAGGCAUAAGUAUCCAGGUCACACCUCAGCAGCUAAAUUUUAUUUGAGUUACUGGCAGUAAUUGAAUGAAAUUAUAUUUUUUAAUAUAUGUUUCCUGAACUUAGUUUAUACAGUGACGGUUCUUGGAUUUCUAUGCCAG